UUUCCUUUCAUAGUUUUUCAGAUUGAGAAUUUACUUUCACAAAUCAAUAAUUUCCAUUUGAGAGUGAGAGAGGGAGAGAGGAGGGAUUGCAUUUCUAUCCCAAUCUGACCAAACCUUUUGUGUUCUUUGAAGGAGAUGCUGGGUAGAUCAAUCGGUACAAAAGAAGCCAAGAGAGAUCAAACGAAGAACAAGAAUGUGAGCACCGGAGUCAUCGUCACAAUAUAUGUCGAAAAAUCGAGAUUUCCGUCGGACAACGAAUCGAAUCCGAUCAAGAAAUCCAAAAGGCCAACAACAACAACAUUGGGUCAUGAUCGCCGCGCUCAGCUGCUAGCCUACGCUCGAGAACUGAGAAAUGGUGGUCUCCAGGAGGCCCAGAAAUGUCCCAGGAUGAAAUCAAAGCCCAUGCCCAAUAGGUGGAAAUCAAAGUCUCGGACAAUUUUGCCUACAAUGUCUGAACAAAAGAAAAUGAGGGCAAAUUAUGAAAGAAUAUCAACUGAAGAAACUGUGGUGGUUGAUCAAUUUUGUGGUCAUUUCAAUGGCAAGAAGAAAAAGGGGCCUAAGAGUGUUUCUCAAUUAUGUAGCAAAAUCAAGUGUGCGUUGAAGGAGUUGUCGUGUCGCCCGAGCUGAAAACUUGAUUAUACAUGGGCAUGCCCUGUGAUCUGAUGAACUAUUUCUUGUGUGUUUGAUCAAUUCUUGUCGACAAAAUUACAUUAUGUGGAGAUCAACAUUGAACCAAGUCUCAGGUGUUUGGUCCAAAUAUUUUGGCCUACGUGUUGUGUUGUUGAAAGAUUCGAUAUUCAUGAGACACUCUUAUGACAUGCAAAUCUGGUGAUGGAAGUCUAAAAGCUUGUUAGUAGCCUUUUCAGCUGUGGCUUUUGAACCAUUCAUGUUUUGAUUUUAGGGUAAUAUUGAAGCGUUUUUGAGAUUAAGA